ACUUCCCUCCCAUCCUCGACGUUGACCUCGCCAGCUGCAGGAGCCUUCAUCCAAAUCGUCCAUCUACCUACCUCGACAGGGCCAGUCAUCCCCUUCCAUCAGCCGCUCCCCGAAACCAAGCCAAAAGCCAACAAUAAUAAUAAUCGUAAUAAAAAAGGAAAGGAGAAAUGUCGUUCCUCGAGCGCCAGCGCGUGGCGAGCGCAGCCUCGAAGACGGUGGUCGACCUGACCAAGGACUCCAAGUCGACCCUCGCGCCGCCCUCACCCUCGCCCUCGGUAGCGUCCACCUCGUCCGCCAUGACAGGCACCGCAGCUAACAACACCCCGACCAAGAAGAGGCGGCCCGGCGACGGCAUCGAGAUCUACUCGCAGCCUGCGCUGACGGGCACGGGCGCGGAGCUGGGCACACAGAUGGUGUACGCGGUGAACCACCUCAAGGAGCGGGAUCGAGACCUGACUAUCAACGACAUCGUGGACCACCUGACGCGGCGCCCGCAGUCGCCUGUUGAGUGGGCCGAGCUCGUCGAGAAUAUGCGCCGCCACCCGCGCGUACGGUGGACGCCUGACCCCGGCGUCACCGAGCAGAGUGUGCACUCGGGCACCUACCGUCACAACCCCGUCAUACCGGGCGUGCGAAGCAAGGAGACGCUGCUGGCAUACCUGCAGGCCAAGAAGGACGCCAUGCUGGUGCACGUCAAGGACCUCGAGGACGGCUGGCCCCGCGAGCGGCUGUACCCGGCCAUCACCGAGCUCGAGCGCGAGCACCGCAUCCUCGUCGUCCGCACCAAAAAGGACAACCACCCGCGAUACGUGUGGCAGGACGACGCCAGCCUGUGGAAUAACGUCGACCCGGAGUUCCAGGUCAUGUGGCACAAGGUUAAUGUCCCUAUCGUCGACGACAUCAACCGCCUGCUCCUAGCCGCCGGGCAGAAGCCCGCAAGCGAGGACCCGCGGCUCAAGGUACUCAACGCCAAGGUCGAGAAGCCCAAGAAGAAGGCCAAGAAGAAGGCCCCCAGGAACGUCACCAACACUCACUUGAAGGGGCACCUCUCCAUGUUCAAGGACCUCUGAAGCAGCGUAAUGGGAGACCGGGGGCCCUCGACCGACGAGUUCGGGUGGUUACUGUCACACAUCACGCGCCUAAAAAACAUUACUGCAUACAUUCAUGGCGUUCUGGGAGUAGGAUGGAACAGAGAAGGUCUUUCGGGGAAAGAGGGGGGGGUUCCCAAAGAGGACGGUCCAGGCCAUCAGAUUGUGCUCACUUCGGCCUUGAUAUCACAGACGGCGUUCAGGAAUUCUACAACCCUCCAAAAACCCAAAAAAAUGUCACCAUCUAUAAGGUGUUGACGGCGAGACAAUAGUCUCUACAAGAGAGAGUCAAGAUUGCACGACAAAGAAGGCACCUUCAUAUCUGCCGCAAGGCGCUUAAAGGAAUAAAAUGACACUGAACAAUC